AUGAUUGUUAUUGCAUUAUACUUAACUAUUCUUAACAUUUGCUUAGGGGAUGUUUUACAACAAGAGAUAAAUAACUAUCCAAGUAAUGAUCACGAAAACGCACACGCAGAUGAUGGUUUAUACGAAUUGGCAAAAGUAGACUGGUUUAAUUUUACAACAGAUAGAAAUGAAGUUAUGGACACCUCACCUCUCCCCUCCAACGAUGAAGGAAUUAGAAGAGAUGGGACUUCUCUAUUUAAUGUUUUACAUAGAUUUAUAAACUUGAAGGGCGAAAUUGAGAAGGGUGUUAAUGCAGCGAAAAACUUGUUUGAUGGUGUGCGCAAUGUCGGUGACGAACUUUUUGGACUGUUUAAAAUCGGAGCCCAAAAGCUGGGUUACUCUUUUACUGACAAAAAGAGG